UCCAAUGGAGGCACUUGACGCACUUGACAAGCGUUUUAUUUUCAUUUUUCGAAAUUUAUCCUGACCCAAGCUAGAAACCUGAGAUCGAGUUGCAGCACAAAUUAAAAGUGCAAAGUACAAGUGUUUGAAAUAAAGAAAUACAGUGUUAGUGUUAUCGUUUGUGAUCAGCGUCGGAACGCUUGGUGUUUUGUAAUUACUAUAUAGUACUUGUGGGGAAUACCAAGUAUCGAUGGCCGUUUGAACGUUUCCGUGGUGUAUUUGUUGAACUCCUGGAGCAGUGAGUCACCAAAUUAUAGUAUCGGGCGGUCGCCAUGGACACCGACGAUGGGGAAUCCUCAAGCAGCGGGCCGAUGUCCAGCUUAAAUAGCCUGUUUUCUUUCACAAGUCCUGCCGUCAAGAAACUCCUGGGCUGGAAACAGGGUGACGAGGAAGAGAAAUGGGCAGAGAAGGCCGUAGACAGCCUUGUGAAGAAGCUGAAGAAGCGGAAAGGAGCUAUAGAAGAAUUGGAACGAGCGCUGUCAUGCCCCGGGACGCCAUCUAAGUGCGUCACCAUACCACGCUCGCUUGAUGGCCGGUUACAGGUUUCCCACCGCAAAGGGUUGCCACACGUGAUUUACUGCCGCGUGUGGCGCUGGCCCGACCUGCAGUCACACCACGAGCUCAAGCCCCUCGAGAUCUGCCAGUACCCCUUCAGCGCCAAACAGAAAGAGGUUUGCAUUAACCCUUACCAUUAUAAACGGGUUGAGAGCCCCGUGCUCCCUCCUGUCUUAGUACCGCGACACUCGGAAUUUCCACCUGGACAUUCUCAUAUGCCCUUCCAAAGAACUGCAGAGCCCGCAAUGCCGCACAACGUGUCUUAUUCCGGAUCGGGCUUCCCGCCCUCCGCCAGUUCUGAACUCCCGGACACGCCGCCCCCGGCCUACUCCCCGCCCUCGGACGACAUGGAACCGCCGGGCGAAGUCGCACCCGUGUCUUACCAGGAACCGGUAUAUUGGGCUUCAGUAGCCUACUACGAACUGAACUGCAGGGUCGGCGAGGUGUUUCAUUGCAACUCUCACGCGGUCGUCGUCGACGGCUUCACGGACCCGUCCAACAACAGCGACAGAUUCUGCUUAGGACAACUGAGUAACGUCAACAGAAACUCGACCAUCGAAAACACCAGACGCCACAUUGGAAAAGGCGUGCAUUUGUACUACGUGGGCGGGGAAGUGUACGCCGAAUGCCUGUCCGACGCCGCCAUCUUCGUGCAGAGCCGCAACUGCAACCAUCACCACGGCUUCCACGCCUCCACCGUGUGCAAGAUACCGCCCGGCUGUUCCCUGAAGAUCUUCAAUAAUCGCGAAUUCGCGCAGCUACUCUCUCAGAGCGUCAAUCACGGAUUUGAAGCGGUGUAUGAGCUCACUAAGAUGUGCACAAUCCGAAUGUCGUUCGUGAAGGGAUGGGGAGCGGAGUACCACCGCCAGGACGUGACGUCGACGCCGUGCUGGAUCGAGAUCCACCUGCACGGCCCGCUGCAGUGGCUGGACAAGGUGCUGACGCAGAUGGGGUCGCCCCACAACGCCAUCUCGUCUGUCUCCUAGCUGAGUGUCUGGCCUUCGACCCCACCGUAUGUAUUUCCUUUCGUAUUACUCGUGCGACCAUUUAAUAUAGUAAAUUUGCCCUCGUAUUUACUGCAUUUUAAACGCGAACAUUUUGUACAUUUGUACAUUCUUUUAUUUUUAUUGUUUGUUUCGCGCAAUCUUAUACACAUUUAUUAUUCCAUAUAGGUAUACGUUGUUAUAGGUACCUAUUGCUAAAUAUCUGUUUAAUGGCUUUUGUACCCUCGGUGUUUUAAUUGAGAACAUUAUUGGGGGUUAAAUUUUAGAAGAGUUUACUACAUAGAAAUUGAAGUACAAAUUUCACUAAAAUGUAUGUGAUAAAAUGUGCGAAAGCUAUCGCUAUUGUCAAAUGCAGAUCUUUUGAUAAGACUCCAUACAUGGUAAGAAUUUCACUAAAAAAUUACUAGUAUUGUUACCGCAGCGAUAUUGCAAUGAAACCUAAUUAUGUAGUUCCGAGUAUGAAUUUUGCAUGUAGCUAUGUAAAUAGCUGGUUAUAUUCGACCUUGUUGAAGCUUUUUGACAAAACAUUAGCGACGGCGUAUUAGUUCAAUUUCAUUUAAGUAAUAAAAUCCAAUUUAAAGACAAUAGUGAUAAAACAGGAAUACAAAAAUAAUAAGGAAUGUACCAUACUAAUAAAAAUACUAGUUGCCCAGAAGUAUUGAACACCCCUUCAAAUGAAAAUGAGAAAUGAAAAAAGUUUAUUGUAGGCGUAAUCCCAUAGAUUUGUUAAUAACAUAAAAACUAUCCCUACUCUAUGUUAGUUACAAUAACUAUAACUACAAAAUAAAUUAAAGCACGAGUCUGAAAUUAAAAAUAUAAUAUCUCUUUGUAAGACCAUUUGAAAUUGGCAAAUACUUUUGAUGCUGAGCUUCACUUACUACUGUUUUUAUUUCCCACUGGACGCAUACAUUACAUUAGUCAAGGGUAAUGAGUAAAGGAAGACGAAGAUGUUAUGUGACAAACUCAUAGCCAUUACGCACCAUUCACUACGUGUUUCCGUGUUCCAUUUUAAUUCUUUAAAACAAAAUUAAAUAAAAAUUAAAAUCUAUAUAUAAUAAAUAUAAAUGAAACUUCUGAGAAGUUUUACUUUAAACACAGAAAAGGGAUGACAAUCCUUCUGGGCAAGGAUGUGUAUAGAUGUAUGUACCUAAACGAGCUAACGAAAGAUUACGUUUCAAAAUGUCACCGUUCAUUUUCACUCUUGCUGAUGUUGUUGGUAGAGAGGUACUAUGACUACAGGCGCAAGUAUACUAUUAUAGCUUCAAUAGUUUUUUCUUAAUAAGCUCAAAGUAAGUGUCCAAGCCGUAAGUCACCUAAGUAUAAUGUUAAAUUAAGUAUAAAGACAUAAAUUAAGAAAUAAUUAUACUCUUAAAUGUUUAUGACAAGAUAGAUAUUAUCUAUGUACAUGUACAUGAUGCUCUAUGAUGGUAUUUUUAUUUUAAACAAGUCCAAAUUUAUUGUACGAAAUUUUGUAUGCUUUUUACAAGCUUUUAUUUUAAUCAAGGUAAAUUGGUGAUAUUAUGAAUAUAUAUACGGAUCGUAUAUUACUUUAGGGCAUAUUUUUUAAGCAUUAACGUAAUUAUGUUCAUAGUUUAGUCAAAAUGCAGCUUUAUAUUUAUGUAUAUUUUAUGUUUUGUGACUUUGCAAUAUUUAUAGCAAUGUUAAUAAUAAUUUAUCACAAAAUCCCGUUUCAGAUGGACCUUGUAUUUAUAGAGCAAAAAGUAUUGAGCAUUCCUUAUGUCAUUAUUAGAAAUCAAAUAUAUAUAAAGCUGUAUUAAAAGACGGCAUGGAAAAUAAACAUGAAUGCUCAAUCCUUUUAAGCCAGACUUUAUCAACAUCGAUGUGUGGAUGGUCACUGUGACAUCAUCUUGAUGUUUGAAGAGAACGGGAUUAUGUGGAAGUAACAUUACAACAAAAAUAACUGUUGCUUUUUAAAAUUAUUGCUGAAGUCUUUGCAGUAUAUUGUAUAAAUUAUGUAUAAGUCACAGGUAAAAUAGUUUUAAGUGAUAUGUGUUCUAUGUACCGUAACAAUCUAAAACAUAGACUGUUAGUAAGACAUGCUUCUGAUUGUAGUAUCCAAUUUUAUUGUAGCUUUUGCCUGCAACGAACUUGCCUUAUGAAUUUUCGCAAAUAUGGAGUAACCAUCUUUUGCGAUUUAAAGGAAAUAGAUUACGAUACGAAUUUGCUCUAAUGCGGCCUUGUGUGUGACUGGGAAGUCCGGAAUAGUGAAGCUUUUUUGCUAACAGUUCAAAAAGAUAUACAAGUAUAAACUUUGUUUUGACCUGCCCUGGCAUGUGACGCACCACAUGUCAGAAUAGGUUAUCAAUUCGAUUUCGAGUAUUUUCAAAUCCAAAUUGUAACUAAAUGAUGAGGAUGUAAACAAACAACUUAGAUUUCAUAGGUACAACUUUUUAAUAAGAGAUAAUUAUUUUAUUCAUUGUAUUGUUAGGUAGAGCCCGACAUGGGUAUUAUAUUUUUUGGAACAAAUUAAAUGUGUACAAAAUGUGUUGUGCUUAUACCUAACAAUAAAAUAUUUGGUUAUGUAUCGAGAAUACAAUAACCCGUUUAUGUUGAUCGUAAAGGGUGGUCAUGUCAUGACACUGCUUUUGUCAAUCAAGGGAAGAUUGGAUCGCUUCUGCAUAAAAAAAAAGUUUACCUUAGAAAAACGGUAACAGUGUCAGGGAAAUGAAUAUAAUUCUACAAUUCAAUUUCAAAGAUUUACAAAAAUUCAAACCUCUUUGUACAGUCAAAGUGCCUAGUAAUAUGUGCCUCAUAAUGUUUUACGACAAAAUAAAUAUACAUUUUAUAAUUUCAUGAUGCUUAUAAGAGAUACAGAAAUAGAUUUCUUCACAUUAAAAAAACCAGCGUCUAUUUAAUGGGGCAAAAGUGGCAAUACAAAAAUUACGAAAAAGUGAUAAACAGCAGAAGUAAAAUUUAUUGGUACCUAUUUGAAAAAUGGGUUAAAUAAGUGUAAUAAGAUCGGAUAUAACAAUUGUACCUUCCUAAGCAGUAGGUACGAUACUUUCACAGGAACUGCUUGUCCUUUCAAAACCAAUUUACCUUACGGUUUAAUUAUUUUAUCCGUCCCUAAGUUUUCCAUAUCGGUAAAUUACGUACUAGUACGGAGUCGCCUAUUUCUAAACACCACUGAGCUCUUAGGCCGAUAGUCCACUAUCACAUGUUUGCCAUAGAAAUAUGAUCAUAGGCAACAUGCCGUCCUUUUUCUUCACGUUGGAGAAAAAGGGAGGCAUUCAGACCUAGUUUGAGGGCGUACCGUAGGUACUUUUUUCAAUACUAAUAAGUCAUUUUCGACUGCCUCGGUAAUGCUAUGUCGAUUUCUAAGACCACUAAUAGGAAUCAAUAUUUUCUGCUGUUUCAAAUGAACUAUGCAAUCGAAAGUUCUACAUGUCAGUAUGUAACACCAAAUCGGGACGUUCUAUGUCAAAAAUAAAGAUAAAAUUGAUCUCAAAGUAUACUAAGAGGUAUAGUUCCUGACGACGUCCCAUCGCCUUGAUAGUGCAAUUGUAACGAAACUAAUGAAUAUUGGUUAGAUAGAAGGUAUUGUGAAAAAAGUUUAAUAUUAGUCUGUACUACUCUUUGUGACUUUCCACAGUUUCUUAUACAAUGCUAUGUACAUGGCCUUUUACAUUUUUUGUGGUAAUAAUAUGUUACAUAUUUGAUAUGGGUGGGUUAACCCGUCGUCUGUUUCUGUCAUACAAUAAUUAACUUUGAGAUAUUUUUUUAAAGUCCUACGCCAUGUGUUAGGAUCCUUAUCAAACACAGACGAAGGGUUAAAUUUACUUAUUGUAAACAUAUUUUUGCACACCCAUUCACUGAAAUGCCUACUUCAUUAAAAGGGCCUAUAUUGGUGACCUGUAGGCCUGGCACAUGAUUGCCGCGAGAGUAUGUCGCCGUGACAUAGAUCAUAUAUUAUGUCUUCUUCUAACUGCACUAAUGACAUAAGGACGGGUAGUCUAUCUCGCGGCGACAUACUCUCGCGGCAAUCAUGUGCUAACCCUGCUGGUGAAAAUCUUAGUUUAUUUUUAAAUAUACAGCGUGGCCUGUUAUAAUGUGCCUUUUAUAACAUAUUCCCGUCCUAAACUAGCGGACUUGAAUAAAAAUAUAACCAGGCAACUAAAAUGUUAUUAUAAUUUAACUGUUUAGGCGUGUUCAGAUUGUAAUAUCAUGCUUUUGAUCUGAAUUAAUAUAGAUACGAUCUGUCAGUGUUAAACGUGAUAUCUGUCGAAGAAACGUUAUUACAGUCAGAAUAUGCCUCUGGGCUAUCAGUGGGGUUGGCCUGUCGAAUUAUUUGCCUGAUAUCGCCAGAAUAGCUUGCCCUGUCAAUCUCUAGAAUUGUGUAAAAUUCUUGUUUUAUUUACUAUAAUUUUAUGCCAGGAUCCCUUAAACCAAAUCUCAUACAACAUAAACACAAAACUAUAAUGGCGCCAUCUAAGCAAAUUGACAGUUGCCAAGUCCAUUCACAACUCAGUUUGUAAUUUGAUACAGAAGCCAAACAUACAGAGAGUAACGAAAUCAGAUUGUCAGUGUAGUCGCUUUUCUGUCGCUGGUCACAACAUAUUUCCAGGCCUGGUUUGAUCUAGUGGCUACAUUUAAGAGGUAUAUAUGUUCACAUUAAAAAUACUUUCAAAAAUACUAGAUGGCGACGACAGAUAGGUUAGAUACUAUUUUAUGUUCAAUGCGAUUUCCUUUUUGUUGGCUAUAUUCUGUGUCAAUGUUACAUAAUUACUCGUUAUAGAAAAUGUGUUGUUAUGUAUCUAUUUUUUUGUUAUAAUAACAUCUCUGUUUUAUUUUCAGAGUGCCUUAGAACAAUGUAUGCCUUAUGUUUUUACUGUACGGGUAAAUAGUACAGUGUUGGUUGACCCAUAACUUAAAUAUAAUGCCUAUAUAUACGUAUAUACAUAAUCGACAAAUUCAUGAUUGCAUGCGUUACAUUUAUGACAUUUAUAAUAUUGUAGUAAAAAAACUCUGCAUUUCGACGACUUCAUUGCCUAUAUUUUACAGAUAUAUUUGGCCCUUUCAUAUAAUAGGUCUUAGCCUAAUAAAACGGAUAUAUCUGUAGUAGGAAUUUAACCUUGAUUAUUGUUUUUAUUCUGUAUUUUUAGUAGAGUUAUAAAUAAAAUUUUGUACAUAACUUUUAGGAAUAUGUAAUGGUGUGGUGUUAUAGUACUUGUAUGUGUCUUGGUCGUUAUUUUGUUAUGAGAUUGUGUUGGUUCCGCGAUUGUAUUUGGACUUGGUGUUUUGUUGGUCUAUGAACUCUAAAAGUUUCAAGUUAGCUUUGGCCAAAUGGAUGGAAAAUUAUAAACGACUAGUUCUUAAUGCCACUGAAUAACCUAAUCUCCAAAAUUACUCGUAUAAACUGUAUAGUUUAUUUUAUACAUUUUCUGCUGUCGUGUGGGGUGUGACGUGACGUCACAAGCCGCCCACUUUUUAUAGGGUGACCUGAAAAUACGCUAGUCUAUUCGGAAGGUCAAGAAUCGUGAAAUGUAUGGGUUCCAAUACAUUCCACGACUCUUUACUUUCCGAACACUCUUAACAGUUUAUUUGAAUCAUUUAAUUACUGGUACAUUCAUAAUUAAUUAGACACAACUCGCCAAGUCCAAAACAUAGUGUAUGAAUUAAUUGUGUCAGUCAGUAAUCGUGAGCAGGAUUGUGAAUGUCUAAUUUAGCAUUAAACGUUUUAGACUUAUAGAACAUAUUUCACGUUUUUUGCAUUACCUUAAUAUUUUUAUGCAUGAUAAAAUUGAUAAAGCUGUAAAAGUGUAAUUUUGGCUUUAUUGGCUGUUGAUUUUUAAAAAUUGGAAAUUAGUUUUUGACACGUGUACGGGACUGGGAGCCUAUAAAAUUAUGUUGUACAAAAAUUAUGACUACUUUAAUUAAGUUCUCGCUAAAUAAAUUAGUGUAAGUGCAAAGAUGCCAUCUGUAAUUUUUAUUCAUCUCUGUUAGGGAAUAAAGUUUCUUUUAUUA